AUGACAUCUUCCCAGACAACCACCUACCCCGGAAUGCAUGUCACCAUUCCCAAUCCUUACCCACCAACAAGUUCCAUGGCUCAUCAUCCUCAACAGCCUCUGGGUAUUUUAAAUGUAGGAAACCAAGUACAGACUGGGCAACUUCCCUUCAUUACAUCUCCAGGAAUCUUCACUACCAAUCGGUUUGGUCCAGAAAAUGUGCCAACGGUGCAUCCAGCUCCAGUAACAACAACAACCAAAGCCAACUUUAAAGAUGAAGCAAUAGCUCUUGGGGCAGUCCACAUCAUAAUUGGAUUGAUGCACAUUGGCUUUGGAGUUGUUCUCGGGUUGCUGAACUCCUAUUACUACGUGUCUUGGGCAUUUUACUCUAUUGCUUUUAUUGGUGGAUAUCCAUUCUGGGGUGGAGUCUCUUUCAUUGCUUCUGGCUCACUCUCCAUAUCAGCAUUCAAGAAAUUUACUCCCUGUCUGGUGAAAAGCACCCUGACAAUGAACAUUAUUAGUGCUGUCUUUGCCUUUGUUGGAGUGAUUCUGUUUGUGGUCGAUCUGAACAUCAAUGGCUACCAUUAUCAAAACUACUGGAUGGUGCUUUCUGGGAGAGGAAUUGCAGGUAUGCUGGCAAUAUUUUCAGUGCUGGAGUUCGGCGUAGCAUGUGCCAUGACCCACUUUGCCAACCAAACCAGGAUGCAUGGUAGUAACAGGUCUGUCCCGACUGCUCCAAGUAUGUAUGUGGUCGACUCCUUGAUGCAAGAGUCUUUCCCAGAUUCUCGGAGAUAUGAUAACAUCCCAGCUUAUGCUCCUAGACAAUAA